UGUUGCUCCUUUUUGUGCCUUUUGGUUUGUGCUGCAAAUAUGCCCGUGAAAAACAGCCCACCUGUGUAGAAAAUCAUGCAAGCACAUGCAUUCUAAUGUCAUCUGCAGGUUCCUGUUGCAGAGGAAAUGAUAAAUAAGAUCAAGAAAUUUUUGGUGUUCAUAUAUGCCAAGUGAGGGCUCUGAUAGCUCAUACAACCUCAUAUUAUUCUUUCUGUAUGAGCGAGGUUCAUGACGUAUCCCCUCAUUUUGCCCACAGUUCCAAUGGUGUAUGCAUAAUUUAGUGCGAUCAAGUUGAAAUAAAAAACCAGCAGACCACAGUACAUGGUCAUACCCAUUAGAGAGGUUUUCCUUCCCUCUAUAUAUGAAGAUGUAGCACCCUCUAUUCAGUCCCAAUCUUUUACAACCUAAGCAGAAUUUUACAGCUUCCUCUCCACAAUCAGAAUCUGCAGUUUGUCAGAAAUGAAGCCUGAACGCGUGUAUCUGGAUCAGCUAACCGAAAAAAGCAAGGGCUACAAGGUUAAGGUCAAGGUCGUAGAGAAAGGACCGGAAAGGAACUCUCCUUCAAAGGGAAUCCUAUUCCAAGGACUUGUGAUGGAAGAUGACAAGGGAAAUCGAAUGCGUGCUGCACUUUUUGGAAAUCAAAUUGAUGUCUACAAGGAAGCUAUUGAACACUUAGGGAGUUAUGAGAUAGCUAAUGCUACGAUUAAAGCCAGCGAUGAAUAUUGGAAAGCCAAAGACGCGAAAUACGGUCUGCUUGGAUACCAGAUGAGCUUUGGCUCACAGGCGGUAAUCCAACGAAUGAAUGCUGAGUCAGGGCCAGUAUUACCGGAAUACCAAUGCCUAGCCACCAUCCCAAGAGUGUAUGAUCCAACUGACAGAUUUGAUAUUGUUGCUGUUGUUCUAUACCUCGAAGAAGAAGCACGGAAAGUCACUGGAUUUGAACAACGCGAAUACUUAGUUCGUGAAAUUGUGGUGACAGACCAUAGCAAUGAGCAGCCAAUCACAAUUACUGUUUGGAACGAGCUGACUGGAGAACAUUGCAAACCGCUCUCCUCAUGGGCAGAACAGGUCACUGUUUUUGGAUUCACGGCUUUGAGAGGCAGCUUUCAUAAAGGAUUUUCCCUUGGUUCCACCAUGUCUACUAGAAUCAUUACUGAUCCAAAAGGAGAAAGAGCAGACGCAUUGAGGGAAUGGGUCAAAAAUCGCACCGACUGGCUGAGUGACAGGCAAGCAAGGGUAUUGGAUGUCAGGAACCCUACGAAAGAGAAGGUGAUCAUCACACUGGACUCCCUGAAGCUGAAAAGGCCUUACAACACCUUGCAAGAGCAACGCCAUUGGCUCAGGGUUACAAUACCCAACCCUCAAAUGAGCACGAUCAAUGCAUACCUGGGGUGCUCUGCUUGUGGACGGCGUGGAGACAUUCCAGCAGGGACAUCCUACACUUGCACCAGAUGUAAGGCAGAUACCGUGUCUACUCCAAAGAUUACCUACAAUUUCGUGGCAUCUGAUGGGACUGGCACAAUGGAAUGCACCUCGUUCACUGAAGAUUCUGAAAAGUUGUUCAGGAUGACGGCUGCAGACACGUUCAGGAUGAAGCACAGCAAUGAUGCAGCGACCUUUGAACAGCUCCAGGAAAUGCUCAAGUCCAACCACUUUCUGCUGGAAAUCGGUCCAACAAUGGGCCUUUCAAAGAACGGCGUGCUUGAAUGGUGCUUGAAAUCGAUUGAUUUGGAAUCUGGGGAGGCCCAAGCAGAAAAUGUUGAGCAUCACUUUGCUGAUCAGCAGGCUGAACAGGGUCCGAGUGCCAGCCAGGUGCUUGCACAAGCAACGAUUGCUAGGCAGCAGCUUGAACAACCAACACUUCGUAGGAAGAACCCUGAGCAAGCAAUGGUUACUGGGAAGCAGCCAGAGCAAGGAGCCAUUCCUCAAAAGAAACUGAAGCAGGAAUUCAUAGCUGAGCUCCAUGCUGCACAGGGGAGUAUUGCAAGACAAUCAGACGAAGAGGAGGAUGACUCCUCUGGUAAGUAA